CGGGUUUUAACGACACAUAUUUACGCCAUCUAACCCCCAAAGAACCUGUAUUAUGGAUACACCUAACAUGUAGCAAAGGCACGUGCCCCAGUGCUGUGGUAUUCUAAUGGUGUUCUCGGGUAGAUAAAACAUAAAGCAUCUACAACCAUGGAUGUGGCGGUGACCGUCGAGUCGCUAACGUAGUCCACAGUUUUUUGCUUACAACUAGAGAAGCCCGGCACCUUGCAAGUGUUGUAUCUGAAUCUCCCAAAAAAUGACGAUCCCCGGAGGUCGAUUGUUGUUUUUUUUGGGGCCCUCUGAGAAGGGCGAGCUCAAAGUUCUGCGUUUGCUUGACGUCUCUUGUUGAACACUCACGACACAGGCACGCGAUGCUCGCCAUCUGUGAGCCCAGGCAGUAAUUCCCAACCUCCCCCCCCCCCCAUGAAAUGUGGCGACAAGUCAGGAUAUCAAUUCUGGGGGAAAUCCAAUGAGCUACGAAGCUAUUUUCACAGAUGUCCAGCAUUUCACCGGUGUCCGGUGAAGCCGAUAGACAUCGCUAUCCGUUGUUACUAGGUAUAGUAACAGCUACGGGAGUGUCCUUGCAUGACCACACUGGCUGGCCAUGACACCAGCGCACGAUGUAUUCGCCGCGCUGUUAAUUUCAUGAGAGCGAUAAACAAGCGGAACCCUGUUUGUGAAAGUUGCUGCUUCCGGCCAUCCUUGACUCCGCAGCGCCGAUGUUUACGCAGCGCCCCAGGCACGCCUUUGAGGCUGAGUAGACCCAGGGGAGGGGAAGGCAGGGUCGGGUCGGAUAUCACUCCGCCGUUGAUGUCAGCCGUGACCGGGAUUCGAUCUUGGGUCGUCGGCAUCUCUGGCAGUGUGCUAACCAAUGUGCCACCGCUCCCCACGCCCACACACACGCGCACACGCGUUCACGCACACACAUGCAUGAACAAAGCACCCCCCAGCCAACCCCUUACCACGGGCUAUCAGGCUGAAUGUGUUAACACGCGCACGGAGAUACCUAUCGUUUAUUUAAAUAAGAGAUAACGUGUCUCUUUUGAAAGAGAAACCUGGGGAAAUCCUUCAAAAUCUUGAAAGGGGUUCCACGUGCAGUCUUACACACGGUACAGACGCACGCACCGGGCAACUUUAUAUAUAUUUUUUAAAAAACGCAAUUCAGCAACAUCAUGCCCACUCCGCCUUGACAUCGCCUCGUGCUGUUCUCCGCGCGACUCCAAUCGGUCACUGAAUUGUAAGGCGGAGUCGACCUCGGGGACGGAGCGGUCCGGGUUCAGACAGCGAUGAGGUGUCAUCACGGCGUUCCUUGCCAUGGCGGAGCGAUUACCCGAAGCUGGCGCGCCCAGGGACCACGGCAGCCGCCUGUGCGGCCGUGGAUCCCGUCCCACCACCACUACCACCACCGCCACUGCCACAACCACAACCAGCUCUACGGCCACCACCAGCGCCGUCGGCAAGACGAGCAGCAGCGUGAACGCUGCCGGCAGCAGCAGCAGCAGCGUCGUGGGCAGCAGCACCGUGAUCUACAUGCCGCGUUGUGUCCACCACCCGGAGGUGACCUCGGACGCCGGCGAAAGUUUCCCCGCCGCUGGGCCGCUGCCCGGGGCAGGAGCGUUGCCCGGGGCGGAGAGGCGGCACGACCGGGCGGCCGGUGGUGGUGGCGGCGGUGGUGGCGGUGAUGGCGGUGGUGGUGGAACGGGAGAUGUUGGGGAAGAAGGAACGGAAGACCCGGAGCUACCUUACCCCGCGCUCGCGCCCGUCGCCUUCUUCGUCAUGAAGCAGAGCACGAUGCCCAGGAGCUGGUGUCUCAGGAUGGUUUGUAAUCCGUGGUUUGAGCGGGCGAGCAUGCUCGUCAUCCUGCUCAACUGUGCCACCCUGGGCAUGUUCCAGCCCUGCGCCGAGGUGGAGUGCCACUCGCAGCGCUGUCAGGUGCUGCAGGCCUUUGAUGAUUUCAUCUUCGCGUUCUUUGCCGCGGAGAUGCUGGUGAAGAUGGUCGCCCUGGGCGUGUUCGGGAAGAAGUGCUACAUGGGCGACGCGUGGAACCGCCUCGACUUCUUCAUCGUGGCCUCUGGCAUGCUGGAGUACUCUCUUGCCAUGGAGAGCGUCAGUCUCUCCUCCAUCCGCACCGUCCGGGUACUCCGGCCACUGCGGGCAAUCAACCGGGUCCCCAGCAUGCGAAUCCUGGUGACGCUGCUGCUGGACACGCUGCCCAUGCUGGGGAACGUGCUUCUUCUCUGCUUCUUCGUGUUCUUCGUGUUCGGGAUCGUGGGAGUGCAGCUGUGGGCUGGACUUCUACGCAAUCGAUGCUUCCAGGCUGAGAACGUGACACUCGAGCUCAACAACAGCCGCAUGUCGCCGUACUACCCGUCGGACAACGACGACGAGAACCCCUUCAUCUGCUCGCUGCCCCGAGACAACGGCAUGCAGACGUGCGACACCGUGCCGCCCUCGGUGCUGCCAGGCGGGCCCCGCUGCCGCUGGCCACCGCCGUUAUCGCUGCGAACGUCGUCGCUGCCGCAGUCCUCUUCGUCCUUGCUGUCGUCAUCGUCGUCGUCUUUGUCUUACGAUGCCAACAGCUCUGGGCUCUCCUUCGCCACGCUAGGGGAGGCCGUGGCGGCUGGCCACGGCUACCCUUACAGCCAGGGUGGCAACGUGAGCGGCAAUUGCAUCAACUGGAACCGGCUGUACACGGUGUGCCGGGCGGGGCUACGCAACCCGCACAGCGGUGCCAUCAACUUCGACAACAUCGGCUACGCGUGGAUCGCCAUCUUCCAGGUCAUCACGCUGGAGGGAUGGGUGGACAUCAUGUAUUACGUGAUGGACGCCCACUCCUUCUACAACUUUAUCUACUUCAUUCUGCUCAUUAUCAUCGGCUCCUUCUUCAUGAUCAACCUGUGCCUCGUGGUCAUCGCGACGCAGUUCUCCGAGACGAAGCAGCGCGAGAACCAGCUGAUGGAGGAGCAGCGCGCACGCAUGCACGGCAGCGACAGCUCCCUCGCCAGCUUCCGCGAGCCGGGCAGCUGCUACGAGGAGCUCGUGCGCUACCUGGGACACCUGCUGCGCAAGGUGUGGCGCCGCUCCUCGCGAGCCUUCGUCGACGCUCACGUGGCCCUGCAGCGGCGCAUCAACCCCGCCGCCGCCGCCGCCGCAGCCGCCGCGGCCGCGGCGACGGCGGCGGCGGCCGCCGGCGGGCGUCCGCGGCGCGACCAGAACGGCAGCAAGCAGGGCACGCGCCCGAGACGCCGCCGCAAGGGGAAGAAGGGCAGCCGCAAGAGGCGCAAGUCCUGGAGGUCGGUGCACCACCACCACCUCGUGCACCAUCACCACCACCAUCACCACCACUACCACGUCAACGGGGGAGGCGGCGGCGGCGGCGGGCACCGGCCGGCGCUCGCGCGGUGCAUGUGCCGUCCCCGUGGCGGUAGCGGCGGUGGCAGCAGUGGCGGCGGUCCGAACGAGCGCGACGUGUUGCCGGCGGACGUUCGGACGGCCGUCGUGGUGGUGUCGUCGCCGCCGGCGCCGCCGCUGCCACCGCCGCCGCUUUCGUCGCCGUCCGGUAACUUUGGUGUGCGACGCACGCCGGGCUUGGCGUCCGUGCACAGCGUCUACCACGCCGACUGCCACCUGCUGGCGGGACGCCCGCUGCCAUUCCGGGGUUCGCCGCUCACCUCGGAGGUCACGGUGGCAGCGGCGGCAGCGGCGGCGGCCUCCGCCGUCGUCGCGUCGGCCGUGUCCCAACGGCCCCCGCCGCCUCGGCCACCGCACGAGAUGAACUACCCGACCAUCGUGCCGUCAGCGGUGGUGGCGCCGGACAAAGGGAACAAGACGUGGAAGACGCGAGGGCCCCGCCGGGGAGAGUCGCGGGCGCACAGCUCGAGCACCACGGAUGCCUUCGCCAAGCGGCACCACAUCUUCGCCGCUUACGCGGGCACGAGCGAGCUGCUGUGCCGCUGCCCGGCGUUCCCGAGCGUCCCCCUGGGCGUCCCGCAGCCCGACCUGCUGCCGGCCGCGGCAGGCGAAGGGUGCGCCCUGUGCGCCGCGGGACAGGACGAGCCGUCGGCGUGCAGGCGAGGAGGAGGAGGAGGAGGCGGCGGCGGCUGCGGCGGCGGUGACUCGGUCUCGGAGGGCUCCGCGUCCGGGCGCGAGUCCCCCUCCAGCGCCCGCGACGGCUUCGGGCCCGGGGAGGCCGUCUGCUCCGUCUGCCGCUGCGGGCGGCACUGCCGCGACCGCCGGGCCGGCUCCGGCUCCGGCUCCGACUCGGGCUCCGGCUCGGGCUCCGGCAGCGAUUGCGGCGGCGGCGACGACGACGGAGACGGCGACGGAGACGGAGACGGCGACGGCGACGACGACGACAGCGGAGGAGAUGAACGCGGCGGCGGCGGCGACGGCGGCGACAGCGGCGGGGGGGACGACGGGGAACGCGACGGGACGGGGAAGCGCGGGUGGCUGCGGCGCUGGAAGGAGCGGCCGUGCGUCGCCGGGCUGACGCGCUUCUGCCACACCGUGAGCCAGCGCUUCAGCUGGAUCGUCAACAGCAAGUACUUCAACCGCGGCAUCAUGGUGGCCAUCCUCAUCAACACCGUCAGCAUGGCCAUCGAGUACCACGAGCAGCCGGAAGAGCUGACCAACAUCUUAGAGAUCAGCAACAUCGUGUUCACGAGCAUGUUUGCGCUCGAGAUGCUUCUGAAGAUCUUCGCGUGCGGCCUCUUUGGCUACAUCCGCAACCAGUACAACAUCUUCGACGGCGUCAUCGUCAUCAUCAGCGUGUGGGAGAUCGUGGGGCAGUCGGGCGGAGGGCUCUCGGUGCUGCGAACGUUCCGCCUGCUGCGCGUGCUCAAGCUGGUGCGCUUCAUGCCCGCGCUGCGCCGCCAGCUCCUGGUGCUCAUGAGAACCAUGGACAACGUGGCCACCUUCUGCAUGUUGCUCAUGCUCUUCAUCUUUAUCUUCAGCAUCCUGGGGAUGCAUCUCUUUGGAUGCAAGUUCAGCCUGAAGACCGACACGGGAGACACAAUCCCCGAUCGGAAGAACUUCGACUCACUCCUCUGGGCAAUCGUCACCGUGUUCCAGAUCCUGACACAGGAGGACUGGAACGUGGUCCUGUACCACGGCAUGGCCUCCUCGUCUCCCUGGGCGGCGCUCUACUUCAUCGCGCUCAUGACCUUUGGAAACUACGUCCUCUUCAACCUCCUGGUGGCCAUCCUGGUGGAGGGAUUCCAGGCGGAGGGCGAUGCAAACAAGUCUGAGUCUGAUGGGGAGCAGUGCUCCCCCUAUAACCUGGAUGACGGACACGACAAGCUCAAAGAACUCCACUCCAUUGCCGUGCUGACACCCAAUGGGCUCCUGGAAGGAAAGUGCAUGUCAAUGCCACCGCUCAUCACCCACACGGCCCCCACGCCAUGGGGGUCUCCUCGCUCCCCGUCUCCCGACUCACGGAGAGGGAGCAGCUCCUCCCUGGGACCCUGCCCCGGGGUCCCCUCCCCGCCCAGCGGGCGCAGCUCCCCUUGGGGCGGCCGUGGGAGCGUGUGCAGCAGCCGUCGCUCCAGCUGGGCCAGCGUGGGCCUCGACGGCCUCCUGCCCCGGCCCGGCGGGCACACGCUGCUGCCCGUGCGCCACGACGACAAGGCGUCGCUCUCGUCGGCCGUGCGGAGGGACAGCCUCGCGCAGUGGAGCCUGAGGAGCAUCAGCCCACGGGGCAGCGUGUGCUCGGCGGGCACGGAGGACGGCCUCUCCCCCCGGGGCCUCCUCAUCGCCCGCCGCGCCGCCUCCUGUGACCUCCCCGAGCUGCUCCAGACGCCCGCCAUGCGCUGCAAUGGCUCGCCGCUCUCCCCGCUGUCGCCGCUCUCCCGCUCGCCCUCCCUGCCGAGGAGCGCUCGCUUGGCUCAGCGACACCACCAACACCACCACCACCAGCAGCAGCAGCAUCAGCAUCAGCAGCAGCAAUUCGUGUCGCACGGGAGCAGUCCGCUGCCCGGCAGGGAGACGCCGAGGUUGUCACGCAAGUUCAGCGACGAAGCCGAAGAGAUUUACGAUAGCCACUGCUUCAGGCUCCGUCGGCGACUGGAACCUUACAAGCCCAAGUUUUGCGAAUCCCGAAAAGAAUGGUCGCUCUACCUGUUUGCUCCACAUAACAAGGUCAGAAUGCAGUGUCGCAAGAUCAUCGCACACAAGGUGUUUGACCAUGUGGUGCUUCUCUUCAUCUUCCUCAACUGCAUCACCAUCGCCCUUGAGAGGCCAGACAUUGGAGCGGACAGCCCUGAACGGCUGUUCAUGACCAUUUCCAACUACAUCUUCACGGCCGUUUUUGUGACUGAGAUGAGCAUCAAGGUGAUCGCAAUGGCGCUGGUGUUCGGGGACGGCGCGUACCUACGUAGCACGUGGAACACACUCGACGGGUUCCUGGUCCUGGUCUCGCUGGUCGACAUCAUCGUGUCGCUCGCGUCCGACAGUGGAGCGCGCAUCCUGGGCAUCCUGCGCGUGCUGCGUCUGCUGCGCACGCUUCGGCCGCUCCGGGUCAUCAGCCGCGCGCCGGGACUGAAGCUGGUGGUGGAGACGCUGAUCACGUCCCUGAAGCCCAUCGGCAACAUCGUCCUCAUCUGCUGCGCGUUCUUCAUCAUCUUCGGCAUCCUGGGCGUUCAGCUGUUCAAGGGGAAGUUUUACUACUGCGAGGGCCUGGACACCAAGAACAUCACCAACAAGUCCGACUGCCUGAGGGCCAACUACAAGUGGCUGAAACACAAGUACAACUUCGACAACCUCGGGCAGGCCCUGAUGUCGCUGUUCGUUUUGUCCUCCAAGGACGGCUGGGUGAACAUCAUGUACACCGGCCUCGAUGCCGUGGGGCUCGAUCAGCAGCCCGUCAUCAACUACAACCCGUGGAUGCUGCUCUACUUCAUCUCGUUCCUGCUGCUCGUCAGCUUCUUCGUGCUCAACAUGUUCGUGGGCGUCGUGGUGGAGAACUUCCACAAGUGCCGGCAGCACCAGGAGGCCGAGGAAGCGCGACUUCGCGAGGAGAAGAGGCUCAAGAGGGCCGAGAAGAAGCGACGCAAGGCGCAGAAGAAGCCCUACUACUCCGAGUACUCGCCCGUGCGCCUCUUCAUCCACUCGGUGUGCACGUCAAGCUACCUGGACAUCUUCAUCACCGCCUUCAUCGGCCUCAACGUGCUCACCAUGGCGAUGGAGCACUACAACCAGCCCAAGUCUCUGAACGAGGGCCUCAAGUACUGCAACUACGUCUUCACCUCCGUCUUCGUGCUGGAGGCCUUGCUCAAGCUGCUGGCGUUCGGGAUUCGACGCUACUUCAAGGACAGGUGGAAUCAGCUCGAUUUGGCCAUUGUCCUCCUGUCCAUCAUGGGCAUUAUCCUGGAGGAGAUUGAGAUCAGUGCCUCCCUCCCCAUCAACCCGACCAUCAUCCGCAUCAUGAGGGUCCUGCGCAUAACACGCGUGCUGAAGCUGGUUAAGAUGGCAACGGGGAUGCAGGCGCUGCUGGCAGUGGUGGUGCAAGCGCUCCCCCAGGUGGGGAACUUGGGUCUUCUCUUUCUCCUCCUCUUCUUCAUCUACGCGGCUCUGGGGGUGGAGCUCUUCGGAGGACUCACUUGCGAGGACUACCCGUGCGAGGGCCUCAGCCGUCACGCCACGUUCGAGAACUUCGGCAUGGCGCUGCUGACGCUGUUCCGCGUGUCCACGGGCGACAACUGGAACGGCAUCAUGAAGGACACGCUGCGCGAGUGCAGCAGCCUCGACCGGCAGUGCAUCUCUUACCUGCCCGUCAUCUCGCCCAUCUACUUCGUGACGUUCGUGCUCACGGCGCAGUUCGUGCUCGUCAACGUCGUGGUGGCCGUGCUCAUGAAGCACCUGGAGGACAGCGCCGAGGACGCGCACGAGGAAGAGGAGGAGGAGAACGCGGCGCGCAUCGCGGCCGGGAUCAUCGGCGCCUCCGGCCUGCCCAGUGCCACCGCCCGCCUCCUGGGCAUCGCGGUGCCGACCGCGAACCCCGGCGGCAACCCGGCGCUCGCGUCCGUCUCGUCGCCGUCGUUCUCCCCGUCGCACUUCCGCUGCGUCGCGUCCUCGUCCUCCGCCGCGGCGGCGGCGGCGUUGGCCGGGAGCAGGGGAUCGAACCCUCGCCGCUCAGGGUUGGAGCUCCGCGCCGCUCGGCCCCCCGGCCGGUUGAGCAGCGAGCUCACGUUCCGGAGGCCCAGCGUGGAGAGCGUGGACGAAGGCCCCCGGCUCGAGACCCUGGGGGAGCAGACACUGCUGCUGCCCGCGGUGCGGCAUGUCGAGGUCAGCCGAGCCCUCUCGCUGCCCAGCGAUGUCCUCACGAGCACGCCCGACUCUCAGCAGCAGCAGCAGCAGCAGGGAGCCUCUGAGAGUAGCAGAAUGCCGGAGGUGGAACCAAAUCGGGCGGCUCAGAAAUCAGGUUCCACGGCAGGCUGUGGCAUGGCGGUGGCAGAGGGGACACUGUCAAGCUCGGCCAGUGGCCGCAGUGGGGGACCUGUGACGCAGGAGGUUGAGUGGUGCCCUCAGCAGCCCACCGCGUGCGAGUGGCACCGGUGUCGAGUGCGGCGGCGCCGAGGGUCAGAGUGCCUGGCAGUGUCAACUGGGAUGCAACGCCUCCUUGCGCAGGAGGCGACGGCUGCCGACCGGUCCCCGAGGCACGUGGAGCUUCCGGGGCGCCGACGCAGCCGCGGCGUCUCUCCCGCAGAUGGGUCGCCGCGAGCCUCGCCCGACGGCGCCCUCCACCGGCCUCCGGCACCCGAGCUGAUUCCCGACGCUCACGCGGACGGGAUGACGGCGGCGGCCGGUCGGCUUCACGCCGGGGGCGGCGGCGGCCUCCACGAGCGGGCCCGGGUCGUCCGCAUGCAACGACGCCACUCGGUGGACGUUUACCCACGCGACGGGCCGACGGGCUGCUCGUCCCGCCGUCCGCCGCCCUCGCCGCCGCGGGCGUCCAACGGUGGCGGCUGCGGCGGCGGCGGCUCGAAGGUCUGCGUCGGAAUCGGGUGGCGGAAAGCGCCGACGUCGCCGUCGCCGCCGUCGCCGCCGCUCAUAACCGUCGUGGCGCCGGGGGACGCCACGGAGACCGCGGCGCGAGGAGCCCCGGAGGCUCGGCGACGCUGCAUUUCGUACGAGUCGCUGGCGAGGAGGACGGGGACGCCGCCUGUUAGUCAUCAGCUCCAUCAGCAGCAGCUCCAUCAUCAUCAUCAGCAGCAGCAGCAGCAGAAUGAGCGUUGUCCCGACGGCCAUGGGCGCGAGCGCGGACGCGCGCUGCCGCCGUCGUUGUUGGCUGUGCCCGGCGACGGCGGCGCACCGCGAGGGCCGCGCUGUGCGGGACGCGGCUCCGUCGGGAGCCUCUCCGAGUUGCUGCUGCUGAAAGCGGCGGCGGCGGAGGAUCCGCUGGUGAGGCCGAGGACGGCUUCGCUGGGUGUCAAGAGCGGCACGUGCGGUGGGGCAGCCUCGGGGUCCAGGAGAAGCUUGGUGGCGGACGAUGGGGAGAAUGGCAGCGGCUGCGACGGAGUCUAGGUCUCCCUCGAGCGAAGGCAGAGGACCGGCCGACGGCGCUUGAGGGCGGAGUCGUUAUAAAUCGAGGUGCAGCCGUGAACAUUUGUUUUUAUUUUACUCAGCGAGGGUUAAUGUGCGUAACUUAUUGUCGUCUCAGCGAGGCGCUCCACUCGCGUGAUCUCCUCCCCAAGCCGUUCGCCGGGGUGAACCGAGCGAAAGAAAUCAGAGGAAGGAAUCGGUGUUGAUGUUUUACGGGAGAUUUUUAAACGAUGGACUUUUGUCUGCAUGUGACACGUAGCCUAAAUGUAACGAUGCACACGCGCGGAUGUCCGUCUCGUUUAGCCUUAUAGACUGUUGGGUGCAAGCGUUGCCGGCAAGGCACGAGUGAGGAAAUGGCGGUGGCCAGCGACACGCAUGCCGGGCCUCCUCUCGUCUCCCCAUUGCUCUCUUCGAUGAUGCCACUGCACCGGGUACUCAACUUAGGCCAGCUUUAGAUAUCAGUGUUGACACAGCUAUUGUGCAUCAUGGAAUGCCAUCAGACCCAGAUCGUUGAGAUUGUAAGGCGGUGUGCAAAACACACUCGUACAUUGUCUUUACACGUGCACACACAAUUUCGCACAUACACGUGUAUAUACGGUGCACACACACACACUGCCUAUCGGGCACACAGAUAACUAAUGUGUGGCUUUUUUAAGCAAUACCUAGCACUUGUAAGUGCUUCCAAAGUCACCCCUAUCAACAAGAAAGGAGAGACUUUGUUUAAGAUGUGAAAGAAGAAAUACCGCGAUUAAGGAACAACACAAACCCGUCUCAUUGGUCUAGACCCCAACGACAGCCGAGCCUGUGAAGUCCCAGUGGUCGCAGGACAGGAUUAAGAUUCCCAUUCGAAGAGUAUUGUGCACUUUAAGUCUGCAAUGUGUCAACACCGGACCACAACACCAAUGAGAGAAUAACUCAAGUUGUAAUCACUGGGUAAAAAGAAAAAAAACUGUAAAUAAAGCAAUUUGUAUGCAGACGGAGGAGCGGAGAAGUUAUAAAUACAAACAACAGUGGGCAUUUUCCUAAGGAAGCCAAGCAGGUCAAUUGAAAAAAAAAAACUGUCAAAGUCGCAAACAAAUGAACUCUUUCACGGAAUUUCAACAGCGAAGGAUAACUUUUAUUUAUUCUCCCCCCCCCCUCCUUGUUCUUGGUGCGUCGUCGUUUGUAAACGUGCAAAAAAAAAUCCACCCCCGCGGCACCCUCUGGACAGAAGAUUUGCAAAUGCUGCUUUGUGUAAUAAACCGGGGGACUGCACUUUGCGUGCCAGCUCGGAGCUCCAGAACUGAGCGGGCGCUGUGGAAGACUUUUGUCUGCAUGCUGAACCAAAAAAACCACUCUCCUCUGCACCGGAAUCCGCGUCCACCCUCCCAGCCACCCCCUCCCAUCCUUGCAUGCGAAGUGCGUCGCAGAACCAGCCAUCGCCCACCGUCACACCCUCUCCAGCACAGUGUUGGGGUUGUGAUUGUUUUUUUUUUUAGGGGGGGGGGGGGGCGAAGUAAUUCGACUUCCCGACAGCUGAUUUGCCCGAGGUUGUGGAAGUAAUGUGACGUAAUCCCGUCUACCAUGGGCUCUUUGCGGUGCUUGAUAACUUUCACGACUCGAUUCGGGACAGAAAGUCGCGGGUGGCCUCUCCACGCUCGAAUGGCCGUCGGAGCGGUGCUCGCCUGUGUCGGCAGUCCAGCGGUGGAAAUUCCACAUUUCCUAUGGCAGAGGACCAGGCUAUCCGUAUGACAACCACUUUUGACUUCGCACAAAGUUGUACCGAUUUUAUAGACCCCCCCCCCCCCCGCCAUCACCACCUCCCAGAGAGAGGACGUUAUCAUUUGAGCCCUCGCUGGGAUUUGAUUUUAACGCGCCGUUUGCAUCACAGAAUUAACGACAUCUAUGCCACGACUGGAGUCUGUGUAUCGUGAUCACGUGUGCAUUAUUGGCUGCCGCUGUCUCUGCAAUAACCUAAUGCUGCCGACCGCGUACAUUCCCCACAUCGCACGAAUAUAAUUAAACGCAAAUCAUAACAAAACAAAAUAAUCGACCGAAGUAAUGGCAGCCACUGGGCAUGAAUACGGGUUUACCGAAACUGGCCGAUGUGAUUACACUAAAAUCCGUUACUCCCCCCAACACUGACACCCUCUGCCAUUUGAGCCAUCGGACGCCUCGGCGGUCGUGACCGUGGGCGCUGAUCGUGGGCUGCGCCGCGGGACGGUGGGAGAGGGGGUUGAGGGAGCGUCGACGCAGUAGGCGUUAGCCCAGAAGUAAUGCAUGGACGAAUGGAAGCAUGCCACCGAUUGAGAACGUCCUCGAAAGAGCCGAGCGUUGUUUUCUUGUUGUUAGCGCAGUGGGGCACUGGGUAAACCGAACAAAGAGUGGACAGGAAUUUGAUCAGCGGUGGAAUCGAGCUAUGAAGAAUUUGAUUCUUGCCACUCUCUGCUUCAUACGCAUAUCACCAAUGUACUCGUCGCAAUGUCCAAUCAGCGGCCCCCUUGUUUUCCGCCAUCUGCCUGAAUUUAGCGAAAUAAGCGAGAGGGUGGCGGAAAGAUGCACAACUCCCAUAGUCCACACCUUUGCGUGUACCGUGUGCCGCCCAGAAUCCGUACACACAGAGUGCUGCGACUAUUGAAGUGUUGGUGUCUGUUCCACCUGAAAAUGUGGGGCUGUAAGGAGCGAUGGGAGGGGCUGUAGGGGGAUAUACAGGGACUCCUCUACUUACGAACGAGUUAGGUUUCAGAGGUCUGUACGUAAGUCGAUUUGUUCGUAAGUCCAACUUUACUCCUGUCGAUUCCAAACAUGCUGCACGACAUGUACACUAAACACGGGGAAUGACUUUAAAAGUUGCAUAAUUCCCUGUAGAGGCCACUGGUUCUUCAUGUUCUACAGAUGUAGGUGCCACCACCACCGUCUGUUGCGCAGCGGUUGAACUUGCGUAUCUCGGUCCGAACAGGGCAACUGGACACACGGACCAGGAUUGUUCAUAUCUCUGAAAGUUCCUAAGUCGAGUGUUCGUAAGUGGAGGAGUCCCCGUAUCAGAGAUCGGUGGGGCCACGAAUGAGGAUGAAGGCGACGCUAACAAGGAGCACGUUUGAAGCCCUUGCGAGGCCACGAGCUUGCUCCUCGUUUCAUAAACAACGGAGAGGAGGCGUUACUUUUGGGAUAACAGUGCUGCUGUUGUGCCGGAGAUGAGAGGGGAGGUACUCUGUAAAUCAACCCUACGGAGUGCAUCUGGAUGCAUUCGUUGACGCGUCGCCCGACUUGCAAAUCCAAAUGUGAAUUGUUAACACUCUGGUACAACAUUGGACAUUCGCAAUGCAACUCUAACAACAACGUCAACAAUGGUGAUGCUUUAUUUUAGCUACCAAGCAGUAUGCAAGGAUGCAUUUACACCUUACGGUAAUGCAGCUGAUACCUAACUUCAAUUUCCAUUUGCUCGAAUGAGCACUGAGCGGUGGAUACCUCUACGAGCGGACCGUCUUCGUCAUUAUUGACAGUAGUGGUCCCGUCAUACAACAUGUGGAAUUUCUACGACCGACUCGGGAACUGCCAAGGGGGAAACCAGCACCGCCCCAUGCUCCUCCGAGCGUGGUGAAUUUUAAGAUUAUUGCCGUGGUCGCGCUCAAGACAAUUGGCAAGUCCGUGGCCUCAAAACUCCCUCACCUCCCUUGGGGCCCAUUCGAUCAGUUGACUCGCGGUGCCUCCCCGCCUCCCCUUUCACUCCGCGGUUUCGCCCACUCGUCCAAGGUUUUAUCUCCGCACCACUGCAUAUAAUUCUGGCAUGUUUAAACGUUAUUAACGCAACUAUAUUUAACCAUCGUUCAACCUUGAUUACAACUGAAUGCAUAAAGAGAAAGAGAGAGAGAGAGAAAAGUUGUCUUCCAUGAACAUGAUCCGGCACUUUGAGGCUCCUGUACAUAAGGACGCGAGAGUUUUAACAAUGCCGACACGUUACAAGGUGCAUCGCCUGAAACGUAAACGUUGAACGAAAAUAAUGUUAAGAGGUUUGGCGAUUAUAUGGCAAAAAUAAAAUCUAGCAAGCGGUAUAUGGGCUUAUACAAAAAAAAAGUAUGUGCGAUUUAUUUAUGAUAUUUUAAUGCAAACUGAAUUAACUUAUCAAACCAAACUUUUAUAGAUUAUUUCGUGUCCCUGUUAAUGACCUGCGCGCGCCCGCGUGCGUGUGUGUGUGCAACAUAUGCGUGCUUUGUUUUGGUCAUCCGAAUUGAAGGUUACAUUUGACGGUAUUGCGUUUCACGGCUCCGUACUAAUGCAGAUGUCCACACGGUAUUAUUGUUUGAACGCGGGGCCACUUUUUAAGUCUGCUGGCGUGGCACCUGGCCGUGUUUUAUUUUUGCUCAGAAAUGGCUGAGCCACUUCUUUGCCCUGCACCGUUUGUUGUCGAGAUCCCGAUCGUGUCGCUGUCACUUCUCGUCGUGGCUAUUGCUUGUGCCUGUCCUCCAUCCCUCCCCAGAAUCUAUCACCUCCAAAGCGCCUUCAUUCAAGGAGUUUAACAGAGUUAAGAUAAAAACCGUGACAAUAUGGAUUGAUUUAGAUACUACCAGGCUUGAGGAAUGAAGGAUCGCGAUAGAGGGUACGUGGGGAUCACAAAAGGGUAUGGGAGGGAUGGGAAAGAGUGCAGGGACGAGGGGAGGGAAGAGAAUGGCCAAUAGAGAAGAGGUGAGGCUUGAAGAGAGGGACGGAAGGAGGUUAAGGAGGGGGGGGGGGGACUUCGUUAUGAACAGGGGAAGUUUGUUCCAUUGGAGGGGGUGCAAGGAGGGAAAAGAGCAGAAGACCGAAUUGGGCACAGGGAGAAUGAGGGACCGAGAGAGAGCGAGCGACAGAGAAGACUGUGGACGAAGAGGACGAGCGGAGACAUAAGAGAUAAGCGAGGCGAGAUGAGGUGGCACAAGUCGAUAGAGAGAAUGCACAGACUACCGCCUCAUUCCUGCCUCUAGAGUGACACCACGAUCAGUCAUUUCCACUUGACUCUCAGUCCAAUCCGGAAUCAGUCUCCAAGUCGUCUUCACUACCACCCCCGUCUUAAAAUCUCUCUCGUCUCGCUUCACUCUGCUGCUCUCCCCAAGGCCUCUGCUCAGCGAGCACACCUCCAGGCAAUUCCGUGGGUGUUCGCCACUCCUCUACUCGUCCACUGCCCCCACAGUCUGAAACUUCGUUACACAUGGACAUCCACAAUGUUCACAUCCCACCUCCACCCCCUUUACGCCUCUAUCUAUGGUUGUCUCUUUGCAUGAUGUGCCUUCAUGUUUAUGUUCUUAUGUUACUAUCCCCUAUCCGCCUUGUUGCUUACUACUCUAAAAAGCCCUCUUAAAAAGAUGGAUUUAUCCUCUCCCCCGGUCUACUCAAUGUCCAUGGGGUCCCUGGGCUUUUACCUUUGACAUCCUGAGGUGGUGUGGUUGUGUUUAGAAGCCCCCUUUUACUGGAAAAUACGAAUCAACAACAGCCAGGUGCAUUUUUUGUCAAUAUAUAAAUUGUUAAUUUCCGUUGUUUUUCUUAUAUCAGUUUACAGAAGCGGUUGAAUUCUGUUGUUUCUGUAAAUAAAUAAAGCUGCCAAUUACACCGGGGAAAAUCUCAACGUUCCAGCUGCAGAACAAAGUGCCACGACGUAUUUUUGGUUUUCAAAUCUCCCCUCUGGGCGCUGGGCUCCCCAGUAGGCAAACACAAUGUGGUUGUGGUUGUCAGGGUCGUCCAUACGGGGUGGGGGGGGGUGCAGGGCCCAUGGAAAAUCCCACACCGUGUGGAUCCCAUUACAGCCAAUAACCGCGACGUCGAAACGCGGGCCCGCCCGCCCCCCCCCCCCAAGCGCGGGGCCCCGGGCAAUCGCCCCAAUUCGCGCUUACUCUAGGAACGGCUCUGGAUGGCCUCGGGGUCACUCGAGCGGGAGAUGACUCCAGCGAAUGCCGCCACACCACUGGAUGGCGCUACAGCUGCACCGUUCCGUACGCGUGGGAGACAUCGUGGCAGCGACUUUAAAUUCUGACUUGCUCACGAACGAAAAUGCACAAUGGUGUUGGGAGGCUUCGGACACACGCGUAGAUACGUUUCCCGCAAGGCGGCACCCAACGUUGGCAUGUGGUUGUAACCAUUGGACCAACGUUUCUGCUGGCGGACGGGGCCUCCGCUGAUCUCCUGUUGGGGCGUUGAAACAAUGGUGCAACGUUUGCCCAAUGUUGUUCCUACGUUCCGUGAUUCCUGGGCAGUUCUUGUGGGGCUUUUUUGGCUGUCUUUCUUUAACCAACUGUCAAAUGAUACUCCACCACGUAGGGUUUUUUUUUUAUUUGUUCCAAACCAACAUCAUCAUCAAACACCACAUUAAGUGGGGGGGGGGGGGGAGGUACGUUUUGAUUUGCUUGCUUUAUCGUUGUCGUUGGUGACUGAUCUAAGGACCAUCGACUCCGCUACCCUCGGGGACUUGCUUUAAUCACGGGCUGCUGGAACCCAGACUCCAGCAGAAGCCGGCGGUGCCAGCGGUGCCAGCCCCAAUUGUGUCCAGGAAUCCAACCCAUGACGUCAGUGAUGCUGGCUCAUUGUACACUGGCACAGCCAUUUGCGUGUGUGCCAGCAACGUCACGUUAACCCAAGAAGUAUAUACCCACCCCCACCACCACAAUAUUUUUUAAUUGAAAUUCUGCUGUGGUGUUAUGGUCCGCACACGGGUACUUGCAAGGCAAGAGAUCAUCGAUUCGAUAUGAUCUCUUGUUGGGACGUUGAAACAAUGGUGCAAGUUUAUUUUGCUUUAAAACCGCUCUCCUCUGUCCACUCAACAGUGUGAUUGGGUUCGCCACACCACAGUCUAUUGACAUGUCACGUGUAGUUGGGGGGUGGGGGACACACGCGCACACUCCCACCUCUCUCUCGAGACUUCUGUCAAAAUGCCCUCUGGAGGUGCUCUCUAGAGCUGCCUCCAGUGGAGGCCCCGUCCACCAGCAGCAGCGUGAGCAAAGCAAUUUCAAGGGCUGUACCUUUAUCUCUUUAUAAAGCACCCCCCCCUCCCCCGCUCCCCCUCCUAACCCCCUCCAAUAUUCGACAAAAAUGAGCACGGCGGAUCCGACUCAUGUAGUUGUACUGAGAGUGCUGGGCGUUGUUGCAAACCUUGCACGGACUCGCGAGGAGAAAUCUCGUUUUGUGAAACCGGCCCGCGUUCGUUGUCGCGUUCACAUCUCGUUGGUUCAGUCUCAGCAUGGCUCGACAAGGAAUUCACCGAUUGGGCUGCAUCAAGUGGUACCCUCACUUCGCCCGCCAGUGUCAGUGUCGCUGCACCCGUGACGUUUUCAGUGCCAGCAAAGUGCAAUAAAUGACCCGGCGUUGUGCGUGUGUAUGCCACAGUUAUCGCAACACUUAACGAAAGGAAAAUAUAUAACCGUAGUCUUUGUUAUUCCUGGUAAUCGAUCGUUGGUUUACUGUGGAAUUUAUUUUUGUAAUCACAUUUAUGGGUUUAUGUUCAUCUGUGUGUGCCACGUUUAAAGAUACAAACAGAAAAAAAACUAUUGGUAUGCAGUGUCAAGAUUUUGUACGCUAAGCUUUGUAAGCGUAUGUGACUCAAGAAAGUUAUAGGCAGUUUUUAAGAAUAAAAUUAAACCCCUAUACGAUUGCUUUA